AUGGCGGUUGGUGAAAACGUAAAAACAGUGGCGGUAACCACCAAGGACAAUUUAAUUAGAAAAAGAGAUGGAAUUAAUAGACAUUAUGUUAUAAGUUAUGCUUUAUUAUUGAAUUUGUCUAAUGGCAAUUUUGUCCCAAAAGAAGAAGUGAUUUCAUUUAUUCUGUGGGAUGAUGAAGCCCCACCAGAUGAUGUGAACACAGAAGAGAUACCACUGAAGUAUGGUUAUCCUGGCAGCAGUGAUGCUGCCACGAGAAAAUUUGAAUACCAUAGCACUUCGAGCCAACGGUCAUCGCCUGCCAGAAGCAAGCAAAGUAACAAAAUGAUGAAAUCCCGUCAGUAUCCAGAUUGGAAAAAUAGCACAGUGAGGCAUCGUCAAAUUUGGGCUGGGGGUAGACAAUAUAAAUAUGCUCGUGAUAACAAUGGUUUAGAACAGAAGCAAAACCUAGAAAUGAAUCAAGAGAGUUUGUCUGAAGAGGAUGGCAAAGGUGGGCCAUAUAAAUGUACUGAAUGUGAUAAAAGCUUCAUUAGGAAGCAUGACUUCAUAAAUCAUCAACAAGUUCACCCCAGAGAGACACCAAAGCGACCAUAUAGAUGUACUGAAUGUAACAGAUGUUUCACACACCUGAUUAAUUUCACAUUACAUCAGCAAAUUCAUACAGAAGACAAAUUGUUUAAAUGUGCAGAAUGCGGACAGUGUUUUACAUAUCACAGUCACCUUGUAAGCCACUCAGUGAUUCACUCAGAGGAGAAAUCCUAUAAAUGUGCUAAAUGUAAUAAAUGCUUUACACAGUACAGUGCCUUAUUACGUCAUCAGCUGACUCACACGGUAGGGAAACCAUAUAAAUGUGCUGAGUGCAGCAAGUGUUUUACACAAAAAAAUCAUUUAGCAAGGCAUCUGAUUGUUCACACAGGAGAGAAGCCAUACAAGUGUGACAAUUGCAACAAAUGCUUUACGCAGCGCAAGGACUUAAUGUACCAUCAAGCCAUUCACACGGGGGAAACACCUUACAAAUGUGCUGAAUGCAACAAGUGUUAUACUCGUCGCAAUCACUUAAUAUGCCACAUGGUCACUCACACAGGGGAGAGACCAUAUCCGUGUGCUGAAUGUGGUAAAUGCUUUAUACGGCGCAGUCAUCUAAAGUCCCAUCAAAUGAUUCACACUGGGGAAAAACCAUAUAAAUGCACUGAAUGCAACAUGACUUUCAGACUUAAGGAAACCUUUAUUAGUCAUCAGAGAUUUCACAAAGGGGAUAAACAGUAUAAAUGCUCUGAAUGUGAUAAGUAUUUUACAGACAGCAGUCAGCUAGAACGUCACCUAGCUGGUCACACAAGGGAGAAAUCAUUUAAAUGCAAUGAAUGCAGUAAAAGUUUUGCAUACCAUAGUAACCUAAUAUGCCACCUGCUUGUUCACACAGGGGAGAAACCAUAUAAGUGUUCAGUUUGCAGUAAAGGUUUUCAGCGAAACUGUGAUUUAAAACAACAUCAAGCCCUUCAUACGGAAGAGGAUCUGUAUAAAUGCCCUGAAUGUGGGAAGUGUUUUACAGAACAUAAACAUUUAUUAAGUCAUCAGUCUGUACAUACAGAUGAUAAGCUGCAUGAAUGUGCUGAAUGUGGUAAGUGUUUUACACAUCACAAUCUUCUAAUGCGCCAUCAUCGUAUACAUACUCGAGAGAAACUGUACAAAUGCAGUGAAUGCAGCAAGUGUUUUGCAAAACGUACACACCUCGAAUGCCAUCAAGCCAUUCACUCAGGAACUAAACCAUAUCCGUGUGCUGAAUGCAGUAAAAGCUUUAUGCAUCAGAGUUCUCUAAGGAAACAUCAGAAAAAAAAACACUGUUCUCAAACGGUGAAGACCAAAGCAAAGGGGAUUUCCUGAAUUUAUGAAUAAUUACUAAUCUGUACCAGUUUAAGAAUAUGAAUUAUUCCUACCUUAGAAUAAAAAAGAAAACUGCACACUUGGAGAAAUUAAAAGAGAAAAGAAAGUGACUAGCAUGUGAGAUCAGCCAAUAUUAACUGUUAGGUAAACAGAAGUAAAAAAAAAAAUAAAAACACAUCUUAUCACUGAAGAAAUAUAGCAUUUUUCAUGGAAAUAGCAAGCUUUAGUGACUUCAGUCUUCUCCACGUAGAGGUACAAAAAAUGAAAUAUUAGAUGUUAAUAGAAAUCAGCUUUAUGAAAUAAGGUCUCCCGGAUAGCUUCAGUGGUCUUUUGAGUUCUGGCUGUGAAAAUAUGUUUUUAUGCAUGUUGAUAUAUGCCACCAAAAUCCAUAAUCUUCCUGUGAAUUACAGAAUGAGGCAAUCCUGGGUACAUUAUGGCUGUUGAGAAGAACCCUCUUGGCAAACGUCACAGACUGAGGGGGUAACAAUGUCAUGCAUCGUUUUAAGUAUAUUUUUUCCUUAGGAAUGGGCAUCCAUUCCUCACAUAGCAUUAAAAAGUCCUAAAUAAGGAGAAAAAUUAAACCAGAAAGAAAUCAUCUAAGUAUGCGGAGUGCGUUGUGUUUUUACACAUUACAGUUUGCCUAGGUCUUGACUUAGUCACUGUCUUCUGUGUGCUCUUACCACUGUCAGAUAAUCUACUUGAAUCAUCUGCUGCCACAUCAUAAAAAAGGCAAAAAAAAGGAUUUUACAAAGCAAAACUAAAUAUAAUCUACUUACCUCUUAAAAAAGUUUUGCUGAAUUUGUGACUUGGAAAGGCUGAUACAUCCUGCCUUCAUCCGAGGGGCUAAUAGCACUCACAGCCACAUGUGCCUAGGCCAGACAGCACUGCAGAUAUCUGCAAAAGCACAAACAAAUAAAGGAUCGUAAAGAAAAAGGAGAAAAAAAAAAUAAAAAUCUGCACAAGAUGGAACAAAUGGAAGCACAAUCUUCAAAAACCAGACUUUCACUAAUUUCAUCUCUGGAAAAGGAAACCUCUACCAAAAGGCAGAAAACAUCCAAAUCUCAGCCUGAGGCUUCCAAGCAGCUACAAAAAAGCAAGGGAGAACAUCCAUUUACAAUUGAGGAUCUAAAGGCAGCAUUAUCUCCACUUCAGUCUGAAAUACAAGCAUUUUCAUGAAAGUUAACCCUCUUUGGCAACAACCUGGAUCAAAUCAUUACUAGAAUAGACCAAAAUGCUGCAAAAAUCUUGGAAAACGAAAUCAAAAUACAGGAACUUCAAAAAAAUACUUCCACAAAUGAAGCUUCUGUAAAGGAAAUGUAGCAAAAAAAUAAUUGAUCUGGAGGCUUGAACAAGGCGUAAUAAUGUGCUGAUCAGAGGAGUUCCCCAGAAGUUUGAACAAUCACAACUGCCCUCUAUUGCACAGGAAAUUAUUGGUCUCUUACUAGAUAAUAAAGAUCUUGCACAAUCAUUCUCAAUUGAAAGAAUCCAUAGGGCACUGAGAAAAUCACAAGCAACGGUUAUGCCCAGACAAAUAUACACAAGGCUACUGAAUGCUUCCCAUGCCCAGUCAAUCUUACAAGCUGCUAAAUGUAAGAAGUUCGUGAUCUGGAGAGGCUCAGAAAUUACAUUUGCCCGGGACUUGCCAUUCCCUAUUAAACAAGAAAGACAGUCCCUCUCACCCUUCUGCAAAUUUCUUACAAACAAAUCCAUCAAGUUCCAGAUUAAAUAUCCAGCCACCUUAUCUUUCCAGUACAAAAGUGUAAUGUACUCUAUAAAAAACCUACAAGAAGCAAAAGCUACAUUCCUUAAGACUUUUGGUGAAACUCCGACAUCUUCAUAAAAAACAGUAAACAAGGUUAGGUAUGUGUUCCUCUUCUUUUAAGUGAUAAUUCAUUCAAACACAUGAUUUUCAGGGGAAAAAAAGCAUUUAAGCUCUUAAUGCAUCCAAGUUUUGAGGAACUGUUCAAUACAAAAUGGACUGAAACCUCAAUGUUCAUAUCAACUGCUCGAACAUUUAGACCUAACAGAAUACCACUUUCCUUAACUUUGAGUGUAUUCAGUAUCUUGAGGCCAUAUCUAGGCUCCUAUCUCAACGUUCGAACGCUAGGCCAAGAAUCUGUGUGCUCAACUAUCCCUCGUGUCCUCUGUGUGCAACAAGCUAACUGGUCCUACAGGAAUCCUCUUCCCUCUUCAAAUGCGCAGGCCUGACCCGACUCAAAUGAGUCCCACCGCAAAAUCGAGACUUCCGCCUUUCUCCCUCUACUCGCUGAAAAGGAAAAUAGGAGAUUGCUACUGAGGAGAAGGAAGAAGCGCCUCAUUGGAAAAGCAACCGCAUGGAUCAUAACUGCUUAUCUCCUGUACGUGGAGAAGCGCCUUUCUGGUGAAUGCAAGUCCAAAAAGCUCAAUAACCGAUGACAUCUGUACAAAAAAUAACUGAACUAUAAAAAAAUGUAUGGAACCGAACGGUUCAUUCCUGAAAUACACUCGGAAGUAGAAAAAUAGAAAUCAUUUGGUACUGUAAAGAAGUUUUGAUAAAUACACUCAAAAGCAGAAUGUAUUGAUCUUUUUUGUAAGUUAUGUUAUAGCAUCUGUUUGCAUACAUGUUUGGUUGUGUGUGUGGGUGUGUGUAUGAAAAUAUAUGUUUUUACUAUGGCUACUUGACUACCAAUCAAGGUCGAAACAGCAACAGACAAGUUGAUUCUCUAGCCUAGAAUGGAAAUAUUUCUGGCUUGUCAUGAUAAAUGUUAUGGGGAACUAGUAACCUAUACCUGCAUUCCCAGGGAAUUGUGAUGUGUGUAUGGGUAAUGAUUUGUUCUGUAAGAAAUUGUCAUGGGUAAGGGACAUUGAAAAUGUUUGGAAUUCUAAUGGUAGUAUUAGGCAUGAAGUGCAAUGAGCUUGACAAAAUCUACAGUUUCUUUCAGAUCUCAGUGGCAGGUACAAGUCUAUAAAACUUACACUCCCAGAGUAGCUGGACAGAGGUCUGGGGAGCUAAGCAAAAACCACAACAUGAUAAAUAGUAUAUAUGAAUCACUAGUCUUCAGCUGGAUGCUGAAAGCCAACACCCAGAGCAGCAGUGCAUAGUUAUUGCUUUCGGCUAAGGCCUAGAUAUAUUUGGUGAUUAGGUUGAGUGCUAGUGAUAUGACUUGCCAGACCAUCACACCGGAAGUGACCAGACCUUUUUGUCAGUAGAAGAGGGUUUCCAGUAGUCAUAACUCCUGUUCUUCAAAUUUCCAAUACAACCAUUGGUUGUCCCUUGUGGGAUUUAAUCACCAUCAGUGCCAGAUUGGUCACCAUGUUCCAUGACGGGGGUGGUACUGCAAACCAUCAAUGCCUGAUCAGUUACAGUGAACAAUAGAAGAAAGUAUACUAACACACUGCUGACUUACCUACCACUCAAACAUACAAGUGAAUAUAGUAAUGCAUAAAUAAACUAAUUAGUUUUACAGUGAUUUACAGUAUACUAAACUAAAUUGUAUACACAACAUACAAUAUAUAAGUCAUAUAUUCAGGGAACUUCAUAUAGCUUAAAUAAUUUUUCACUCUGCUAUACAUGUUUUCACAAGUAGCAACUCAGAAAAAGACGGAUUAUAAGGUUUUCUAUGAUUCAGAAAGUAAACAGAAGAAACAGAUCUAGGAAAUAGUUGAAGGUCAUGGACAGUAAGGGAGAAGAAAGGAGAGUGGAGAACAGGGGUCUGUACUAUUUGAGGGCAAAAGUUAGGGUAGGGUGCAUGUGUGUGUUGUCCAUGUCAACGUAGUAAGUAUUUUGACAGUUCUUAUUAAUUUGAACACAGGGCAGUGUCCAAUUUUAUAAAUAUCUGUGUAACAAAGGAAAAAUACCAUCUUUUUUAUGUACAUAAAUGAGGAAAGUCAUUAUCAACUACAUUUCAUUAGCUUAUCUUUAGUGCUAUACUAUCCAAUCUGUUUAGUUAUAUGUACAUCUACUUAGUCUGUCAGUACUCCCACUACUGUCUAUUAAUAUUUAUCUUUUAGCCCUAGAUUUUAAAUAUCCAUAGUUUAAACCUUGGAUGUCAUUUAAAUUGUUUUAAAGCACACUGUGGUCAAAUGAUCUGUUAUACUGUUACACUUAAUCUCUUUAAGGAAUGUGCACUUGAUUUCUUUCUGAGACCAAUGCCUCAAUGCUGGGCUUAGCUCUAAUAUCUAUACAAGGAUAUAUUCCGGCUCUAAUUACCUGAUUUAAUUAAAUUUCUAAUAAAGUCAGAAGCGCUUAUAAAAAGUUAUGAAUAAGCUAGAAAGAUCGCAAAAGUAUUGCUGUCCCACUUUUACUCAAACCCAAUGUCGCUACAUUAUUAACAUGAUGAACGCUGCAGUUUAAAUAUGAUAACAGGGAAUAUGGGGGAAGUAUAACAUGGCCUCCAUUCACAGAUAUAGCAGUGCAAGAAAGCAAGUAUUACAUUUUAGGUUCUACCGGGUUAUUUUAACCAGAGUCAGUUACAGAUGGAGUUUGUAACAAUACUGUGGUGAAGCACUAUAUAUAAGGAGAAAACAAAGGAGGCCAUAGAACUGUAUCUGCGGCAAAAUAAUUUAUGCUUGCUAGAUUCAGCAAAUGCAGACAGAAUAUUGUAUAUGAUCAUAAGGAUUAAGGGGUCUUGCAAAAGUCAGUUAAUUGGGGUAUUAUUGUAUACUAAAGCCCAUGCUUUCUAUAUCCGAAGUCCAGAAAGGGUCCUCAAUGUUGACAAACGUGUACAGAUACAUUCUGCUUUAAACCUCAGCCAAACCUUGCAUUAACAACAACCUAGUUCUGCUUGUUGUGAGGUCUGACUGGAGAGGUGAAUACAACGUAUAUGCCUGGAUAAAUGCUUUCUGGCAAAUAUAAAUCAAGCAACAUCUACAAAUUUUAAGAUAGAGCAAAUAUCUUAGCUUCGAAUACCCCAGUUGCAUCCCCUUAUUAUUUCUUUUUCCUGCUAAGGCACUCUGAACAGCGGAGUAACAGAAAGCACUCAAGCAUGAAACUGUUUGGCUCUAAGGAGCUUCAUAAAAACUCCUCCUUGUGUCAUCUUUAUAACAGCCUAUUCAAGCUUUAUAAACAAAAUGUUUCUGCAGAUAUGAUGAUGCUUUGCACUAAUCUGUGAUCUCUGACUCAGAAAAUAGAUAAAUGCAUUGUUUCUGUUUACAGUCUUAUAGCUGCUGUGAAGUAGGGUGACUUUGCUGUAUGGUCAUACUGGGUUAGGCACAAUCAGUCACUAUUCUAAUGUCAAGAAAAAUCCUUUGUCAGAACCAAAUACAUUUGCUGAUGUAUACUAUAUGUCCAAAAAGUUAUUUUUUUAUUGCUGAUACUUUAGAGCAAGAAGCACGUGUGUGUGGUAGGUUGGAUUUUGGAAUGUUGAGAAAUUUUUGUAAAGUAGUUCAUUAUGUAAAUAGUGUUUUCUUAUUUCUUUCAGAUAUUUGUAGAUUGUGGUUAAGCACGGGUAGAGAUCUGAGAGAGGUGACUGUCACCUUACCUUAUCUUUGUCCUAAAUUUUCCUCAUUCAAGGGAAGCAAUCCUGUCUGCUUUCACUCCUACUGCCUAUUUCUACUUAAGAUAACAACUCAUUUCCCUGUAAACCUUUCUUACUCUAAUAAUAACAACAUGACUCUCUCAUCCCACUAGUUACUUGGAUAAAUGUUAUUGAUAGACUCAUGGAAUAUAAAAGGGUUGCAAAAUAAUAAAAAAGGGAAUCUAGUUUUACACUUAAUCCAAUAAUCUUUGUUUGAAAUUACUUUUAUACAAGAAACGCACAUGACUACGGCCCAAUGGACAAAAGAAAUGGAUAAAACAAAUUUCAACGGCUGGUGAUAGCAUGGUCUCCAAAGGGGGUAGCAAUAAUAGUUAAAAAAAUCUUUCAAAGGUUCAAUUACAUCCUCUGGCUGGGAUCCAAAUGGAAGAUGGUGUUACCUAACGUGCUCUACUCCAUCCUACAAAAAAGAAAUACUUAUAUUAAAUGUUUAUGGUCCCUGCAUACCAUCAGUCUUUGUUCCUAUAUGAAAUCUUUUCGCUCAUUGAAAAAUUCAGCAAUCAUCUACUGAUCCUUAGUGGGGACUGGAACACUACACUCAGACAGGAAUUAGAGAGAACCUGUAAAACCAAUAAACAACCCAUAAAUACUACUAAUACUUUGAGAGAUAUGAUGGAAGUCUUUAACUUGUUUGAUCCUUUUGAACUCUUUAGGAACAUACCCAACAUUAGUAACUACACAUUCUUCUCUGCCUACCAUAAAUCCUGGUCCAGGAUAGACUUCUUUCUAAUAUCAACUUUAUUUGCCUCCUAUGAUAUAAUAUAUAGCAGUGACCCCAGAACUAUCUCUGACCAUGCCAAAAGUAACCUACAACUAAAUAUAUGUAAACAUAUCCAUCUGAAUUCCAUCCCGACAAAUUGGUCCCUUUAUCCAAACCUCCUGAACAACAUGACUCUCCAUAGAGAAAUUCAAGAAUUCCUGUUACAAACAUUUACCUCCUUUGAAAUGUCUGAUAUACCUCUAGAUAUUCAAUGGGCGGUUGCCAAAGCUACUUUAAGAGGUAUUCUUAUUCAAAAAUCCUCUAUAAUUAAAAAACAAUCUAAAUACUGCACUUUGGUGCUAGAAACAGAACUAAAAAAACUAGAAUUAGAACUCCAAACCAAGUUCUCUCCUGACAUUGAGAAAGAAAUAUCCACCAUUCAAAAACAACUUCAGGAACUACACCUUAAUCAGUAGUCACUUAUGGAAUCCAGACUUAUCCACAAGUAUGCUGAAUUGGGCGCAAACGCCCUUGAAAAUCCUGGCUAGGAUUAUAAAUUUCAGACCCCCACCUACUACAAUAAAACACAUUUUUCAUAAGGGUCGCUCCUAUUUCACUGAUAGGAAAUCAUUCAGAUUUUUCAGAAAUUAUAUGAGGAAAUUUAUGGUCCCCAAACACUUGAAUCAGUAGGCCUUCAGGACUCUUUCCUAAAUGAAUUAUAUUUUCCAAAAAUAAGUGAUAAUCACUUUAAAUUACUUAAGGCACCUAUAACCUGGAAUGAAAUCUCGGCCAUAAGCUGAAACCAGGUAAAGCCCCAGGCCCAGAUGGCUGUGUGUCAGAAUUCUACAAGUUCUUCAAGCAAACACUUGCCUCCAUUCUUCUUAAUGUUUAUAAUUACAUUAUUCAGUUUGGUAUAUCGGAUUUAUAUCUCAACAAUUCCAAGACCAUUUUUAUACCAGAAUCAAAUGACAACGUUGGCACAAAUGACUACCAUCCAAUUGCCCUAAUUAACAUUGACGUAAAGAUUUUAUCAUCUAUCUUAGCAAAUAGACUAAAAAGCAUAUUACCACAUAUUAUAUCUCAUAACCAACUGGGUUUCAUGAACAACAGACAUGUUUGGGAUAACACUUUAACCAUUGAAGUCAUAACAUAUAUAACAAAUCAUGACAAAUCCUCAAAAUAUGCUCUAUCUGUUGAUGCCCAAAAAGCUUUUGAUCGGGUAAAUUUAAAGUUCCUCUUUAAAACCUUGAAAUACUUCUCCAUCCCUGAUGAAUUUAUCAAAAUGGUUACAACCCUCUGUACUAAAGCCUCCACUUCCCUCAAUA